CCGCGCCGCGGCUUCAUUCGGCUUUCAGCGCUCGGUGUUGGCGUGUCGGCGCGAUCCUGUGUGGCAUCUGGUGGCAUCUUUCUAACCGUCAUCGCGCUCCCACCCCGCUCUCCCCUCGCGCUAGAAAAAAGAAAACGCGCUCGACGUAACGGCGAAACAUGUCCGGACGCGGCAAAGGCGGUAAGACCAAGGGGAAGGCGAAGACCCGCAGCAGCAGGGCCGGCCUGCAGUUCCCCGUGGGCAGGAUUCACCGUCUCCUGAGGAAAGGCAACUACGCUGAGCGCGUCGGCGCCGGGGCGCCGGUCUAUCUCGCCGCCGUCAUGGAAUAUCUGGCGGCCGAAGUGCUCGAGCUGGCUGGAAACGCCGCCAGGGACAACAAAAAGACUAGGAUAAUCCCGCGCCACUUGCAAUUGGCUAUCCGUAACGACGAGGAACUGAACAAACUGUUGUCCGGAGUGACCAUUGCUCAAGGCGGUGUCCUGCCCAACAUCCAAGCGGUCCUGCUGCCAAAGAAGACCGGCACCAGCGGCUCCGGCAAGGGCGACAAGGCGUCACAAGAAUAUUAGACUGUUGCACGUUUAUAAUUUCUAACCGUUUGAUUGUUUAUAAUUUGAACCGUUUUGUAACCUUUUAUAUACUUUCAACAGUCCUCGUUUUUCGUGAAACGAGGACGGGAGGAACAGAUGCCCCGGCGACGUCCUGUGUGCGACAGGAUUUACAUUGGUUCUUGAGAUAGAAAAAAUAUAGAGAUCGAUAGCGGACGAUUUACACUGUCGUAUAUUGUGGUCUUAUUUGUACGAGUUCGAACAUGCGGGUUUUUUUUUAUUAAUCGCCAAUCACCCACAAGAGUUUUCCGUUGCGUUCGAUUGGGGAUCUUGGAGCUAGACUACUUUGAUUCGCGCUCUCUUCCACGUCUGUCCUGGGACACCGUUGAAAGUAUAAUUGCCGUCUUAGUUGAAAGUGUUACAGUAUCGGACGGUAACUCUAAAUUCCUGUCCCGACUCGAGGACCAUGCUGUGACUAUUGAUUUAAUUCCCGCAUUUAUAGCUUCGCGAUGGUUUUAUUUAUGUGAUGCAUUUUUAUAUUAUUUAUUCGCUGUCGUUAUGAUGGCGUAUGCGUUCUUUUCUUUUUGUGCACACUUCUCCGGCGGUCAUACUUUUCUUUUUGUCUUUAUAGCCUGUGACCUAUUCUUGACUCUACCCCGUGUCAUCUAAACAAUGAAAAUUUGAAAAUGUAUCGCGAAAGCGCACGAAUGUUUUUGUUGAUUGUAAACGAUAUUUGAUGCAAAAAAAAAUAAAUAACAUUGCGUCCCUA